UUCGUUGUGCAGUGCUCUUUGUAAAUAUUUCAUUUCGUUCCUUUUUUUUUAAAUUUGCUGGUCCGCUUAUUUCUCUAUCACUUAACUGAAAGCACACUUCCCUUUCCAUAUGCGAUAUUAUAUUCAGUCUUCUCCAUCUUUCUAGAUUUCUUCUAGCAAAUCUUGGUUGAUCUAGACAACCAGAUCGAGAUGGAAAGGGCUCAAGCGCAGCUCGAAUAUGCGCCUAAUUCAGAAUUCGGUUCAACCACCCAAAACGUUCAAGGAGGCGACGGUAGCGUUCAAACGGCGCCCGCCACACAGGACACUCAGUAUUUAGAGGAGGAGGAGACCAACCUGCCUGACCCGUUUGAGGAGGAGAUCAACCUACCUGAGUGGUUUGAGGAUCUACUUGAUUUUGGCAAUGAGUUGCUCAAACCAUGGAGUCAGAGCGGAAAAGGUAUAUCACACGGCGUAGGCCGUGUUCCUAGAGCGGUGGUUGCGGGGGCGGGACUCGGGCGCACCGAACCGCAAAGACACGCCGCGCCUUGCGUAGCCCCUAUAAGGGCUUCGCGGGAGGCGGAUGCAGAACACGCGCCAGCUCCUCCCCCAGCGCUGUCGCAACCGUUUGGCUGCGCAGCCCGUCCGCCAUCGCCACAGCCUGGCCCUUCAAACCGGCUGUCACCCCCUCCUCCUCUAGAAGCAGCAGCUCACCGCCGCCGCCCACGCAAGGUAUGCGUUCCGAGACGUAUACCUCUCCCCGCAAAUGAUGAUGAUGAUUACGAUCACCCAUCACCAGCCCAUUCAUCUAUCGGGUGGACUCCUAGUUGUAGCAACAGUAAUAAUAGUAAUUUCCUUAUGGCUAGCGGUAGUUCUCUCACCCGUCCUAUCGAUAACGAAGUCGAUCAGAAUAACGGCGUAAUCACUCCCUUAGAAUACUCAGCAGUUGCUAGAGCGUUUGAGGGGCGAAUCUCUUUCACCAGAAUUGAGAAUCCAGGCGGGAGGUAUCGCGAUCCUGUAAGGUUUUUGGAGGCAUGCCUUCCCGUCUUGGAGACCGAGCUCCUCAAACUCUUAGAAGAUCCGGAAUUUAACGCCUUUAAAUGCAGUGCUGUGUUAUACUGUGAACUGAGUCACCCCCCUAAACAUCAAGGUGACGCGGAGACGGCUACUCUGCAUUAUAUAUGGGGUGACAAUGGCGUUAUUUCUCGGAGCACAUCGAUUGCUGAGUGGUAUCGAGAAUCCACCUUGAGCGCUAUUAUGGCCCGAUUUUCGAGAUGGAAGUACGUGGAUCAGCUAAAGCGCUCAGCAGUAUACCACACCUCGACAUCCAUAUACAUGUCUAUGAUCCAAUGAAUGGAGGGUCCAGUUAUAUUAAACUCCCUAUAGAUAUUGAGAAAAAGCAGGCGUGCAUUAAUGUUCAAAAUAACUAUGAUAAUGCGUGUUUUGCAUGGUCAGUCCUGGCUUGCGAGAGAAAUUACAAUUACAAACAUCAUCCCGAGCGUCCCAGCAGUUACGAAGUCAAAGAUAUUAAGAUACAGUAUAACUUUGACGGAAUAGAGUUCCCUUUAAGAAUCCAGGACAUGCCUAAGUUUGAGGCUCAGAAUACCGCAAUAUCGGUCCACGUUUAUGGCCUGGAGAAGAAAAGCAAGUCAGAUGAGCAGAACAAGCAUACAGUAGUAGGCCCCCUCCAUUUCUCAAAAUUUGCAGAUGAACGAGAGUUGCAUGUCAACAUGCUGCUCUUCUCCGAACGUGAUAAUUAUCACUACGUCUGGAUCAAAGACAUGUCCCGACUCAUUUCCUCCCAGUUAAGUAAAAAUGAUCAUUAACGACAUAUUUGUAUAAGGUGUUCGAAUUAUUUUUCAUCUCAAGAGUUAUUAGCGACACAUCUAUUAGAUUGUGCAUGCAAGGACCCGGUACGUGUUGUUAUGCCCACUGAGGAAAAUAACUUCAUUAAAUUUAAAAAUGCUCACCACCAGCAGCGUUGUCCUUUUGUUGUGUACGCCGAUUUUGAAUGCUUGCUGGCUCCUAUUACUCGCUGUGAAGGGAAUCCCUUAGCCUCACACACAACCUUCACACAAAAACACGUACCUUAUGCGGCUGCGUUCCAAGUUGUAUGCGCAUAUGAUUGUAAACUUAAUAGCUAUCAGUCUUAUGUAGGUUUGGCUUCUCACAGAGCUUGAAAAACUUUCUUGGCAAGUUCACAAGCUCUACAGCAUCAAUAUUCCCAUGACCAAAUCAAAGGAAAAUGAUGACUUGUAUGAAAAGGCUGAUAAUUGUCAUAUUUGCGGGCUGGUCUUAGAUAGAAAAGCGGAGACUCCUCGUAGAGACCAUUGUCAUCUUACGGGUAAGUUCCGCGGUGCAGCCCACAAUGCAUGCAACUUGAAGUAUCAGUUACCUACACACAUACCCGUCUUUUUUCAUAAUCUGAGCGGGUAUGACGCUCAUUUUCUCGUUGAGCACUUGGCUAAGUUCGGUAUGAAGAAGGAUCAGGUCAAUAUCCUGCCUGAAAGUGUUGAACAGUACAUUUCUUUUUCAAAACGAAUGACGCCGAAAAUUACGCUCCGCUUCCUUGACUCUCUACGAUUUAUGCAAACUUCGCUCCAGAAACUGGUUGAGACUUUACCUCGGAAUGAUAUGCAUAUCACUCGAUCUGCAUUUACCGAUGAGGAAAAGUUUCAACUUGCGACGAGGAAAGGAGUUUUCCCGUACGAGUAUCUUGAUAGUAUGGCAAAACUCAAUGAAACCAGGCUUCCCGAUAUAACUUCUUUUACCAGUACUCUCACUGGCGAUACCAUAACUAUCACAGAUUAUGAGCAUGCCGUUAAUGUCUGGCAGGAAUUCAACAUCCCCAAUUUGGGAGAAUAUGCAAGGUUAUACAUGGACACGGACGUUCGUUUGCUUGCAGAUGUUUUCGAAAAGUUCCGGAGUGUAUGUAUGACCACGUACUCUCUGGACCCUGCCUUUUAUUACACGGCACCUGGGUUGUCCUGGGACGCUAUGCUCAAAAAAACGGAUUGCAACAUUGGACUUUUGACUGAUGCUUCAAUGCUUCUAUUUUUUGAGCGAGGGAUCCGCGGCGGACUUUGUCAAUGUGUUCACAGACACGCCAAGGCAAAUAAUCCGCGGAUGGGUGUCGAGUACAACGCAUCCCUUGAUUCUAGUUACAUUUUGUACUUAGAUGUUAACAAUUUAUAUGGGCAUGCUAUGAAGCAGCCGCUGCCGGUUGCCGGGUUCCAAUGGGUGCCUGAAGACGAAUUGAAGGGAUUAGGUGGACAGAUAAUGGGUCUUGCGGCCGAUUCUGAUGUAGGGUAUGUGCUUGAGGCAGACAUCGCGUACCCUAAUAAUUUGCAUGGAGAGACAAGCGACUUGCCGUUAUGUCCAGAGCAACAAAUUCCACGAGGAAGCACCAUCCCUAAACUGAUGGCCACUGUUGGGGAUAAGCAGAGGUAUAUUAUUCAUUAUCGUAACCUCCAGCAGUGUCUCAGAUUAGGAAUGGAGCUCAUUAAAAUCACCCGGGCAAUCUCCUUCAAGCAAUCCCCCUGGUUGAAGGAGUAUAUUGAACUAAACACCGAAAAGAGGGCGGUCGCGAGUAAUGAUUUUGAAAAAGACUUUUAUAAAUUAAUGAAUAAUUCCAUUUUCGGGAAAAAUGCAAAAUGUAAGAAAUGAACGCGAUAUUGUUAUUAGAACCGCAUGGGAAGGGCGUUACGGCGUGAGAAAAUGUAUAGCCAGGCCAAAUUUUAAGCGUGCCACCAUCUUCAAUGAAAACUUUGUUGCUGUGGAGAUGUCGAAGACUGCAGUAGAGUUUAUGAAACCCAUCUAUUUGGGGAUGUGUAUACUCGAUAUCUCCAAAUUCUACAUGUACCGAUUCCACUAUGAGAUCCAAAAUUACUUUAUAUGGAUACAGACAGCUUUAUCUACUGGACCAAGAACUGUGAUCCAUAUGAAGUAAUUAGGUGCAAUGGUAAAGAAUUCGACACCUCUUCUUAUGAGAUCAAUAAUCCUUAUGGUAUUGUUCCACAGAACAAGAAGGUUAUCGGUCUCAUGAAAGACGAGUCGAAUGGUUUACCAAUUGUAGAGUUUGUGGGACUGAGAUCGAAAAUGCAUGCAUAUCGCACAGUGACGGGAGCACUCUGAGGCGGGCAAAGGGUGUUAGACGGAUCGCGUCUCGUGCGCUUACGGUCGAGGACUAUUUGCAGUGCCUGUACGGUCGUAGCGUUGAAGGCGCUCAUCCACACAUGGUUCAACAAACUAGCAUUCGAUCACGAGCACACGAGGUGUACACUGUGCUGCAGUCUAAAGUCGGACUGUCUCCUCAUGACGAUAAAAGAGUCAUUUGUGAGGAUGGUGUGGGAACCCUCCCAUACUCACACUAUUUACUUGAAACGAAAGUAGUGGUGGGGGACUCUGGUUGAGUGAUAGAGAGGGAAUGAGCGUGUGAAUGUUAUGAAUGUGGGCUAUGCGUGGAAAUAGUAUGGCUCUUUUAUCAUAGUGUAAAUAGUUGAUGAGAGUGUUUUGUUGCGUGUAUCAGUUUGCGUGCUUCCAUGCAUGUCUGAGUGUGCGAAUGAGCGCGAACUUGUGUUAAGUGUGUGUGUGUAUGUAAAUAUAAUCAUUAUUUUUUCAAAGAAAAUCAUAAUAAAUAAAAUAGUCUUUAUAUCUACAUAUUGCUGACCAUUAUUAAUAUAUAUAUGAAAAGGCUAUAAAUUUAGCCAAUUAACUUCUGUAUGAACAAAAAAAAAUAAUAAAAUUUUCUCACUUAAUAUAUCCAUCACUUCUAGUCAUUAUAGAGCUUAGAUUUUAGUUUGUAAGUUUCACCUACCGCUAGCCACCCAGUCAGAACUAGUUUUUAAGUGUAUGAGUUCCACUAAUUAAAUUCUUUCUAUGUGUUCAAUUGCUUGUUCUAGCGGAAAAUGUUUCUAGACGUCCACUUUAAAGAAAAAUAUGUAUGUUCACCUUGUUCUUGUAGUUGAAAAUCUUUAAAUCGACUUACUUGGAAAAAAAUAUAUCUUCAAUUUGUUGUUGUUCUUUUCGAAAAUGUUUAGAGCCAUCGACUUGAAGCAAAUAGGUUUGGUAUUAAUUAAAAGUGCUUUGUUUUUCUGGUGGAACUUCAUUAGCGAUAUUAGUUACUUUGUAAGAUAGGGUAGUACCUCUGCAUUAGCUUUAAAAUUAUAUAUAUAAUUUAUCUGAAGAGAAUGCUUAUAUAUAUUUCUUAAUUAUCUAAAAUUGUUAAAAAAAUUAUCUAAA